AUGCUCUCUCCACUCCGGUCGCCCCCGUCUCUACCCUCCUAUCUCAGGCGCGCGGCCUUCGACAAGCUUGCGGAGUUGGCCACUAGCUUCCCGGGGAAUGACGGUGACAUCGUAUCAGAUGUCGACCGGCUGGGGGACGCCUGUAAUCGUCCAAAGUUGCUCUCUAGUGGAUAUCUCGAUGGUGUUUCCAGGAGCCGCCCCUCGCCCACUUCGCCGUUGACCAUUCGGGAAUUGGAUGCGCUUUUGGCGCUUUGUCGAGCAGCCUCCAAGACGUCCCCCCCAAAACCUGCCGCGAAAUUGAUCUCCCAGCUGGCUGCAUACCUCCCCGAUUCACACCUCCUGCUACUGCACGCAUCUCCGUUCCUCUACAGCAUUAAACCGUCUCCGUGGGAAGCCUUGACAUACAAUCUGACCAUCUCCCUCUUAUCGCUUGGCUCUCGAUUUCCCGGCCACCGCGACGAUGUCCUCCAGAGCGUGAUGUCCUAUCUCGCAAAUUGCAUCCAUGCCACCAAAUCCCUCCCCGCUUUGCAGAACCGCGCGAAUGGCGAAAGAGACCUGGGAGAUUUCCAGGCUGCUGUGAAUGUGGCAUCCAUUACCGUGUCCCUUAUGGGGUUCCUGGAAGCUGCCUCUGUCCAUGCUAGCUUUUGGCAACCAAAGGAAAGACUCAAGAUCGUCAAUCAGCUGCGGUUGAUUCUUUCUGAGCAGUUUUUGAUAACGGUUGAGACCGUGUCGUCAAUGCUCCGUAGCUCUGAAUCGUCCGAUCGCAUCCUCCUUGAUUGGCGGCGAUAUGCUCGACGUUAUGCGUCGGGAGGGCGCCCACUUGGCGCAAUGCUUCUGCAACAAGGGUUUAUGCGAUUUAUUAAGGCUUCUACCUCGCCUGCUGGUGCUGAUGGCCGGAGUAUUUCUGAAAGCGCCCUCCUGGAUCAAUACCUCAGCAGUCUCGAGAUAACGAGACAGCACCGAGACGACCAAUCCCUACUCGUCGGUCCAUUGGCAGAUAUAAUCGCUGAGCAGAUCCAGCAACUCGAGGAUGGAUCUGAUUAUCUACAGCUUGGCUCGGCAUGGCAACAACGGCUAGCCUUCUCCGUGAAAUCGUUUUCCCUGGUCAGCUUCCUCAAUUGCGCCAUUCUUGAUGAAGACUCGGCCGAUCCUGAGCUUCUUUAUUCAUGGUUAGAAGACACGCUGCUCAAUUUCGACCAGAUGGGCGAUGGGGAGCUUGCAGGAGUAGUCCUCAAAUCCCUGGCAGUCUUAACACGGCUAUGUCCUAACAUGGCUUCAAAUACUACCCGCUGUUUUCUCAAAUUCAUCGUGCAUAACGGACAGAGCGGCGCCACUGUAGCGACAGCUGCGAACUGCCUGGCUACGACCCUUCGCCUCCUCUCACAGGACACCGUCAUUGGUACUUUGUACACCUUGGGGAAUUUUCUGAGCUCGGGCCCAACGGCAGACAAAUCGCACCAACUUACUGCUGACGGCAUAGCUCUUCAUUCUCAUUCUCGAAGCUUGGCGCCGCCGUACCAAAACACUUCAAACGGCAGCGUCAUAUCUCUCACCUGUGAGGAGGAUGCUGAAACAACAAUCACCUACCGAAACGUGGUGCAUGCAAUAAUCACAAUCUCCACAAGCUGCAAGGAUAGUAAAAUCGUAGCAUUGGCCCAGUCAAUGUUGCUGCAAAAGAUCGGGAAAAUAAGCGUCGUUGUCAAUGCCUGUAUCAUAGAGGAAACUGCUGCGCUGGCCCUCCAUAGUGACGAGGCAGAGUUUCGAGUGCUUCUUAAAUUUUAUUCUCGUAUCUAUAGUGAAGCCCUUUCCCAAGUCAAUACCCUCAUGCUUGAUGCGGUCCAAAAGGCGAGAAAUCAUCUAGCAGAGAAUGCAAAUCCACACUCGGUACAUUAUCGGGUGUACCUGAUUCACCUCCUUGAAAGUAUUGUGAAUAAAGGCGACGCGACUGAUACAGGGAAGGACCACCAGAAAGAUGUGGAGCUAUCUGCAGAAGAGAUCAUCCCUUUGGUCAAACCACUUGCUAUUUUAUUCUCCAGGGGCCAAUCCAAUUGGGAUUCUCUCGUUGGUGCGAGCGAACUUGAUAUACCUUCACUUCUUCGGGAUCUAUGGUUCAAUAUUGUAGUCCAUGGCAUAUCGCUACGUUCGGAAAUGUUUCGACAAUAUUAUCAGGAACUCCGUAUUCUUGCGGUUCAGUCAGCCCCAUUAGUUGCGGAGAACCGCACUGAGUUGCUAGAAAGUGAUAUUGAAUUGAACACUGUGCUGAGGCGUGGAGCAACCCAGACCCACGCUACAGAGCAGCGGAAGAACCUCGCCGCUGAGCUUCCACACCUUGAACAGGAUAUCAGACGGUUGGGCUAUCCCAAGACAGUCUUUUUGAACGCCACUCUGCUGAUCGAGAGCCUUCGGGCAGCAUCAGGCGACUGCACAAAAGUCCUAACCUAUUUCCUCGACCCGGCCCUCAACAGUACCGAUGUCGGUAGUUGUAUGAAUGCUAUCGCAGAUAAAGUUGUGUCAAUCUACCUUGAAAAGUCUCUCUCUGGGUCUUCCACAAAAUUUUCAGCUUCUUAUAUUUCUGCUCAGCUAGCAGACACCUUCAUGUCCUGCUGUCAUCGAAUCGAAAAGGUCCAACAGGUCGCGACAUCCACCGCGAGCAAAAUAAUUAAUCAAUGCCCUUCUUCGCUUUGCCAAAAGAGGUCUCUUUUUGUUCUUUUGGAUUUAUUGACUAUCAUGUGGUCAUCCUGCUUGGACGAGGAACUCGACGAAUUCGAGUGGAAGUCUACCUUCACUUCCGCGAGGGGCGUUGUGCAGGUCGAGUUAUCGGAUAACUAUGAUUUCCGAAGGCACACGUUCACUCGGUUUUAUAGAUUGGCACGAACAUGGGUAUCGACCGUUAUGAAUAUUGCUCCAUUGGAUGUUAAGGGCCUGCUUCAAACUUACCUUUCGGAUUACGAGGACGACGGUGCAUAUGGUCACAUCUCUAUGGGCCGUUCAUUUGCGUUGGAAAUGGGUUCCGCCAUUCCAUCCAGCGACCAAAGACUAGGCAAGUUAAAAGCAAUGAUUCCGUGUUAUCUCAUUCUCGACUGCGCCAUGCACAUACUAACGAUACUUUCCUUAGGCUCCAUCGAGUGCAACAACAACUCGAUCGUAAACGUAGCGUCCGAUUUUAUUUCCCAGUAUACAACCCGCCAGGAGUAUCGAUAUUCUGAGGCGCCUCGUCUACACCGUCAGGGAUGGAUUUUUCCGCUUGACCAAGCCGACUCGACUUCCUCAGCCCACCUGAAUACCAUUCAAAGUAUGGAGGCAAUGCUCGUCGAGUUGGAAUCCCGAAUUUCCGAGGGCCAACCUAUCGCAUUAGACACAUGUCGUAAUCUCCUUCGCAAGGCUACUGCGUUGAUCUGUAGCUCUAGAGAAGCGGAAACAUCGAUCAUCUCACACCUUGUUAACAUACCAUUCCAGAUUUUUACAAGGGAGUCGAUCAAAAUGGGAAUUUCACUGUGGCUGGGCGCAAUCCAUGAGAAUCCACAUACAGAGCCGAGAAUCCUGACCGAAGUUGCACAAGCGUGGGAGCGGACCAUCCAUAGGAAGCUGGGGAUUUUCAAUCCUACUUUCAAAUUUACCGACCCAUUUAUGACCAAAACCGAGUUUUCUCCGUCCGAUAAAGCCAUAGUGCUUAAACGUCAACAGAAGGCGCAAAAUAUCAUAUCGCCACACUUCCGCAUCCUUCAAUUCUUCGAAAGCCAUUUCAAUGCGACCAGACUUGGUAGCGUCCACACUCAGCGCAUAUUUAGCCGUCUAGUAGGAACAACCUUGGUUAGUCUACAAAAUACGACCGGCCACCCACUUGCGCGCGAAAUUCAUUUCCACAUCGUUUUGUUUGGCUUGAAGGUACUCCGAUAUUGUACAUCUCAAACCAAGAUUGCUUUAUGGAAAUUGAAGGAUCAAAUUCUCUCAGCUGCUUUGAGUUGGUUCAGCCAUCCUCCUAGGUGGUCGUUAGGAGGUAACCGGCUGCAGAUGAAGGCCGAAGAUAAGCUCCUUCAAGACAUUGAGUGUAUCCUAGAGAGUACGGCCCGUAUAGCUUCAGGGUCAUCCGGCACAAGAAAGUCCCUCCAAACCAAGCAAGAAUUAGUCAAACUCCUGAUCGACAACGAGCGAUUCCGACUAAGAGUAUGGCUUUCCCCCCUGGAGCAUGAGAGACGCCAUUACACUUCAAGCUCAGGAAAUAAGGUCGAUCCCGAGGUUAUAUCGCCGUUGAUGCGGCUGGCAUGGGCUGAGAACCAUGGCUUAGCUUUGCAGCUUGCAAACCGGUUUCCUUCACCAAAGCUCAGAAGCGACGUACGCUGGCUGUUGCUCAACUUUCCAGAGAAGGCCAUCUGUGACCCCGAUAGCCUGAAUGUGCUCCUUGGCUCCGAGUUACCUCCUGACGUGUCGUUUCAACUCAAAUAUCUUCUCUUCUGGGCACCUGUAAAUCCUAUUGAAGCAGCGACAUAUUUCUUACCAGCCUAUAGAAACCAUCCUUUUAUCCUGCAGUAUGCCAUGCGAUCACUAGAGAGCCAUUCUGUGGACGUGAGCUUCUUUUACAUCCCGCAGCUUGUUCAAGCCCUGCGAUAUGAUGCUUUAGGAUAUGUUGAGCGUUACAUAUUUGAGACCGCACAGCUAUCUCAGCUUUUUGCCCAUCAGGUUAUCUGGAACAUGAAAGCGAAUGCGUACAAGGAUGAAGAUUCCCAAACUCCUGAUCCUAUCAAGCCGGUUCUAGACCAGUUCUUAGAUAAAUUGAUGAACCAUUUCUCCGAGGAGGAUCGGGCCUUCUACGAGAGAGAAUUCUCUUUCUUCAACGAGAUCACGGGUAUCUCUGGAAAAUUGCGCCCUUAUAUAAAACGAAGCAAACCAGAGAAGAAACAAAAAAUCGAGGAGGAAUUGCGCAAAAUUAAAGUAGAAGUUGGAGUUUAUCUUCCGAGCAAUCCAGAUGGUGAGGUAAUCGGGAUUGAUCGAAAGUCUGGAAAGCCGUUACAAAGCCACGCAAAGGCUCCCUACAUGGCGACGUUCCGGAUCAAAAAAACUAAAAAGGUGGAGGAAAAUGGCAAUGGAAAUCCUACUACGAUGCCAACGGUCAUAUCUGAUGACGCACAACGCCGAGAAAGCGUCAAUGACUCUGUGGUGCAGGCUGCUAAUACCCAAGAAUCAGAAUUAACCUACGAGGUCUGGCAGUCUGCCAUCUUUAAAGUAGGUGACGAUUGCCGCCAGGACGUACUGGCGCUACAAAUGAUAGCGGCUUUUCGGAGCAUUUUCAUGGGCAUUGGCUUGGAUGUGUUUGUAUACCCUUAUCGCGUCACAGCCACGGCACCAGGCUGCGGUGUAAUUGAUGUGCUCCCUAACUCUAUUUCUCGAGAUAUGCUGGGUCGCGAAGCUGUCAAUGGCCUGUACGAUUACUUUAUCUCCAAAUAUGGUGGUGAGCAAUCUACCCGUUUCCAAGAGGCAAGAAGCAAUUUCGUCAAGAGCAUGGCCGCCUACUCGGUCAUAUCCUAUCUUCUCCAAUUCAAAGACCGCCAUAAUGGAAACAUCAUGAUCGACGAUGCUGGCCAUAUCAUCCACAUCGACUUUGGUUUCUGUUUCGACAUCGCCCCAGGUGGAGUCCGAUUCGAGCGCGCGCCUUUCAAACUCACAUCUGAAAUGGUAGCAGUGAUGGGUGGGCAGAAUGCCCAUUCCGGCUCGGGUGGUUCGUCGUCAACUGGCGGCGGCGGCAGCGGCGGCGGGAUCUCUCUUGGUAGUAGUAACCCGACGAAUUCACAGUCAUACCGUUGGUUCGAGUCGCUUGUCGCCAAGGCCUUCCUUGCCUCCAGGCCAUAUGCAACGAAGCUAUCCCAUAUUGUCACCCUGAUGCUUGACAGCGGCCUUCCUUGCUUUAAACCUGAUACGCUGAAAAACUUCAGGGACAGGUUUGUUCUGGAAAAGACUGAGCGGGAGGCUGCUGACUACAUGCGGGACCUCGUGAAGAAGAGCUACAUGAGCAUGUCGACGAAGGGGUAUGACCAGUUCCAGUUGCUGACAAACAACAUCCCUUAUUGAGGGAAAACCACUUGUCUCUUCAGUAUUGGAUGGGGUU